UUACUAGAUAAUCGAAAAUAAGAUACAAAAUCAUCUUUCAGUCCGGAAUUGUUAUAGUAGUAUGUUGAGGCUAGAUAAAAGAUAGUGAUCUGUGUAGACCAUCUGCGAAAGUAUGUUUUCACGUGAACGUUCCUAAAUUUAAACAGCAACACAUGCUGCAUGCUGCUGUAUAACCUAAAUGUGCGGUGUGUUUUUUUAUGUACAAAAUAGAAAAUAUUGCUGUAAAUUCGCAAAGUGAGAUGUUAAUUUAUUAGUGUUGAAUUCUUUGAUUAUUUACAUAUUUUUGGUGUUCAAUUAUGACGAACAAUGAUUUUCAUACGUUGGAUAAAAUUCAACAAACUAUUAAGGAUUGCACAAAGAAGCCUGAAGUUUAUUUGAGUGUUCAGGAACAGAUAUCUCAAAAAGUUAAAAAUGCUACGAAAGAUUUAUAUGACUUGGCUUUUAGAAGAAAGUCUGCCAAAAAUUUAAAAUCAGAAGCACUUCCAGAGCUUAUUGUUAAAGGCUUUGAUGUAGAACAAAUUUGGCAGCAGCUUGAACUUGAAAACAAUGAAGAAUUUGGACGACUAAGUUUAGGAAAAAUUUCCAAAACAUUAGCAAGUAAAAAAUCUUGGGUUUUACCACUGAAAGUUCAUCAGGAACAGGAUGUUGAUCAAAAGGAAUCAGAAGCAUCUGAAGCUGAAAGUGAGCAAGCAGAUGAAGUUUUAUCAGAGAAGUCAGACAAUUCUUCAAAUAAGGAUGAUAAAACCAAGCCAAAGACUGUAAAAAGUAAAAAAAGAAGACGAACUACAGAAGUUGAUGACAAAUUUUUCAAAUUGGAUGAGUUAGAUGAAUAUUUACAAAAAGAGGAUAAAAGAGAAAUGAGUGAAAAGAAGAAGAAUGAUGACAGCUCAGAUGAAGAUAAUGAAUCAAUUGAUUUAUUCAAGAAUUUCUCUGAAUCUGAUAAUGACGAUGAAGAGGAAGAUCUAGGAGAAGAUGAAAUCAAAAAUGGAAAGUCUGUUAAAUAUGCAGACUUUUUUGACAUCCCUGUAAGUGACGAUGAGGAGGAGCACAGUAAUAACAAACAGAAUGAUGAUGAUGAUGAUGAUUAUCAUGCAAUGGAUGAUGAUGGUUAUGACGACGAUGAAAGGUUCAACGAUGGAGAAAGUGAAGGUGAAGAAAGAAAAAGAAUUCAAAAAGGGCUUCAGAAGGAGAAAAAGCAAGUUAAAUUUAAUCUUUUGGAAAAUUCAGAUGAUUCUGAUUCAGCAGACAAUUCAAAAAAUAAAGAUGACAGUAAUGAAGACAGCUCUAAAACUAAAUCAAGCUUAGAAGUAAGGCAAGAAAGAUUGAAAGAAAGAAUAAAAAAAUUAGAAGAAGAAGCAAUUUCUGAAAAACCAUGGCAAUUGAAGGGAGAAGCAAGUGCCUUGAACAGACCACAAAAUUCACUUCUUGAAGAGUUUGUAGAAUUUGAUAGUGUAUCAAGACCAGCACCUAUUAUGACAGAACAGACAACUAUGAAAUUAGAAGACAUCAUCAGGAAGAGAAUCCAAGAUAAAGCUUGGGAUGAUGUUGAAAAGAAAUUCAAACCAGUUGAAACUCCUAUGGAAUAUAAAAAGAAAUUGAUAAUGAAUCAAGAAAAGAGCAAAGAGAGUCUAGCACAGAUUUAUGAAAAUGAGUAUAUAAAGCAGAGAGAGGCUUUGACCGCAGAGGAUAAAGACGAGCAAGACAAAGAAGAACCUUCAGAGCACAUUGAAAUAAGAGAAAAAAUGCACUCUCUAUUUAGGAAACUUGAUGCACUAUCCAAUUUCCAUUACACUCCUAAACCAGCAAAACCAGAAAUCAAAAUUGUCAGCAAUGUACCAGCUAUUAACAUGGAAGAAGUGGCUCCAGUUGCUACAAGCGAUGCAACGUUAUUGGCGCCAGAGGAAAUCAAAUCUAAACACAAAGGUGAACUGAUUGGCAAAUCAGAAAGAACCAAAACAGACAUGAAACGUGCUAGGCGGAAAAAGAAGCUCAAUCAACACGCGCGCGCUGUAAAUGAAAGCAAGACAUUAGUAAGCAACGUUAAGCAAAAGAAAUCAUUAAAGAACACAGUGGCGUUAGGAAAAUUAAAGGCGCGAAACGUCAUUGUGGAUGAAGAAUCUACUAAGAAGGAUGGAAGAUCUAUGAAAUCGUCGACAGCAUUCUUCGCUCAAUUACAAGAUCAAGUUGAAAGUAGUAUUAAAGCAAAGACGAGUACAAACGUUUCUAAAAAAAAUAAAAAUACAAUAUCUGCUGUUAAGUUAAAGUUAUAAUUUUUAUAUAAUUUAAUAAAGUAAAUUUUUUUACAAACAAUUGUAAAAUUUGAAUGGCUUGAUUGUAUCAUAUUUGUAAGUAUACAAUUCUCACUUUCUACUGCUUUCAAUGUUUUUUUUUGUGUAAAUAUAAAUAAAUUGAAGUACAACUGAUGUUAGAUGGAAAGUUUAUAUUCUUCUUGAAUAAUAUACACAUACUAAUACAAAGACCAUUGUCUCAAGUAUAUGUAUAAAAUGCAGACUCACUUUUAAAAUAAUACUUGAGCAAAGCUCACAAUUUUUCACACUAUACAAAAUUUGUAAAAUACUUGUUCAAUUGAUGAAUAAAUUCGUGUAAUAAUAA